CCAGUUCAUACGUUACACCUUUUUUAUUGCACCACUCUCCGCUUCUCCCUUCACAUUUAACUCUCAUUUUCACCUCAAAAACCCCACUUCACCAUCUCCCUUUCGGUUCCUCAUUCAUUAUGAAGCUUUUCCAUAGCUUUCUGUCAUGCUUCUUAUUGCUUUUGUUCUCGAAAACCUCCGUGACCGCGGAGUAUGUCAAGUACAAGGACCCUAAGCAGCCGGUGGCUGCUCGGGUUAAAGACUUGUUGAGUAGAAUGACAUUGGAGGAGAAGAUUGGUCAGAUGGUUCAGAUUGAUUGGACUGUUGCCACUGCCCAGAUAAUGAAAGAUUACUCCAUUGGGAGUGUGUUGAGCGGAGGUGGGAGUACGCCGCUUCCUCAGGCCAGUACUGAAGAUUGGGUCAAUAUGGUUAACGACUUUCAAAAAGGGUCUUUGGCUAGUCGUUUGGGGAUCCCAAUGAUCUAUGGCAUUGAUGCUGUUCAUGGCCACAACAAUGUUUAUAAUGCGACUAUUUUUCCUCAUAAUGUUGGCCUUGGAGCUGCCAGGGAUCCUGAUUUGGUGAAGAGGAUUGGGGCUGCAACUGCUGCUGAGACUAGAGCUACAGGGAUUCCUUAUGUUUUCGCACCUUGCAUUGCGGUUUGUAGAGAUCCAAGGUGGGGUCGGUGUUAUGAAAGCUACAGUGAGGAUCACAAAGUUGUGCAAUCAAUGACAGAGAUUAUACCUGGAUUACAAGGAGAUAUUCCAUCUGGUUCUCGAAAAGGAGUUCCAUAUGUGGGUGGAAAGGACAAGGUUGCAGCCUGUGCUAAGCACUUUGUGGGUGAUGGUGGGACAACCAAUGGCAUCAAUGAGAACAACACUGUUAUUGACUUCCAUGAAUUACUUGGCAUCCACAUGCCUGCUUAUUCUGAAUCAAUCAUUAAGGGUGUUUCAACAAUCAUGGUUUCCUAUUCCAGCUGGAAUGGGAUGAAGAUGCACGCUAACCAUGAGUUAGUUACUGGUUUCCUGAAGAACAUCCUUAAGUUUAAAGGUUUUGUUAUCUCAGAUUGGGCAGGGAUUGAUCGUAUUACCUCACCACCACAUGCAAACUACACGUACUCUGUCCUGGCCGGGGUUCAAGCUGGGAUUGACAUGGUCAUGCUCCCCUUCAACCAUACUGAAUUCAUUGAUGAUCUUACUGGCCUCGUCAAAAGCAAAGCAAUCUCAAUGGAUCGUAUUAAUGAUGCUGUACGGAGGAUAUUGCUAGUCAAGUUCACUAUGGGUCUCUUUGAGAACCCUUUGGCUGAUCUCAGCCUUGUGAAUGAGCUUGGCAGCCAGGCACAUCGAGACUUAGCAAGGGAAGCUGUGAGAAAAUCACUUGUGUUGCUGAAGAAUGGGAAAAAUGAAAGCAAUCCAAUACUGCCACUUCCCAGGAAAGCUCCGAAGAUCCUAGUUGCUGGUAGUCAUGCUGAUAAUUUGGGUUAUCAAUGUGGUGGGUGGACAAUCAACUGGCAAGGAUUUAGCGGCAACAACCUGACAAGGGGGACCACCAUCCUUAGUGCCAUAAGAUCUUCUGUAGACCCAAGCACAGAAGUCAUCUACCGUGAGACUCCUGAUGCCAAGUUUGUUAGGUCCAACAAAUUUGAUUAUGCCAUUGUUGCUGUUGGUGAGGUCCCUUAUGCCGAGACUACAGGGGACAGCAUGACCCUCACAAUGUUGGAAUCUGGCCCAAAUGUUAUUAAGAAUGUCUGUGAAGCUGUCAAGUGUGUGGUUAUCAUAAUUUCUGGCAGACCUAUAGUGAUCGAACCGUAUGUUUCCUCCAUUGAUGCCUUAGUUGCAGCAUGGUUACCAGGCACUGAAGGCCAAGGUGUGACUGAUGUCCUUUAUGGUGACUUUGGAUUCAGUGGAAAGCUUCCAAGAACUUGGUUUAAAACUGUUGAUCAACUUCCUAUGAAUGUUGGGGAUCCACACUAUGACCCACUGUACCCUUUUGAUUUUGGACUUAAAACUGAAUCAGUUCCAAGCCUUGUUGCCAGCUCAACCUCAGCUGGUGUUGAUAAAAGACCAUGCAUAGUUCUAAUUGUGGCUUUGCUGAUGAUCUGUUCAUAUUUCACUGGGAUAUAUUCUUCCUGAAAAACCCCAUGGAUAAACAUUUGCAUACUUGUUAUAAGUUUAUUGAUAUUUAAUUUUGACUAA